AUGGCUACCCUCCGGCAGCCUGGCGCAUCGUUGACUCGCGCAUGCCAGUUCUGUCGAGCGCGCAAGAUCAAAUGUGACAACGAACGCCCGCAAUGCGCAUCGUGUGUCAACCACAAUCGCCAAUGCAUCUACACCAGGGAUCCGCCGAAGCAAAGACCUUCUCGCGCCCUGAUAGAUGCGGCACAAGAGGAAAAAAGGGCCCUGCAAGAGGUGCUGCUAUCUCUAAAGAAUGCAGAUGACGAAACGCGCAGCAGGAUACUGGACUCGCUCACUUUGGAGGAAGACAGUACUGUCCCGCUGCCGAGUCCAACGCUGACUUCGGCUCCUGGCAAUAAUGCAUCUGAAGCAUUGUCGUCAGAAUCAAACCCGAUAAACGACAUAUCUCCUGAUAAUCACCACCCUUAUGACACAGCUAGCACAGCCAGUGAAAAGCAUAUUGCCACUUUUAUAUCUCGUGAUGAAUCUGGUGCCAUUCGAAUCUUCGGACCAACCUCAAACCUUCAUGAUGAAAGCCCCGGCGACGCCAACCACUUAGAUGUAGCGCAAAAUCCCGUAGGCAGGGCCGACACGUCCAACCGUUAUCAAUUGAUUGCUAGUGCCGCGCUGCAGAGACAGAGAGAACAUGAUUUACGCAAACACGAGACUAUAGGCGGCAUUCCGGCUGAGCUGGCAAUGCACCUUUUAGACUUACACUGGAAUCGACAGCAUCAUACAUAUCACCUUACGUAUCGUCCUGCCUUCAUGAGAGAUCUCGCUGAUGGAGGUCCGUACUGCUCUGAAUUUUUGCUAAACGCCGUGUUUGGUUGUUGCAGCAAGUUUUCUGAGCGUCUGGAAGUCAGAGAGGACCCAACGCUGCCAGAGACAGCAGGUAAAAUGUUUUUUGACCGGUGUGAUGACUUGUUAGCGGAGCAGUCUUUGUUGGAGACGUCUAGUAUUCCAACCAUUACAGGUCUUCUUUUGCUUGGUGCCACAUUUAAUGCGAAAGGUCGUACAUCCAAAGGAUGGCUUUAUGUUGGCUAUGCAUUGCGCAUGGUUUACGAUUUAGGCCUUCAUCUGGACUGCAAAGAAGUCUCCGGAAAUGCUGAAGAUGUCGAGAUACGCCGUCGAGUAUUCUGGGGCGCCUUUAUUUGCGACAAACUACAAAGUCUGUAUUUUGGCAGACCAUUCAUGAUCCCACUUCGCGACACACACGUAUCCUGGGAUUUGAUGGACACACUGGAAGAAAACGAGUUGUGGACGCCAUAUGUGGAUCCUAAGACCACUUCUCAGUGUGGAGAUCUUGCAAGACAGCAAAAUGCCAUUCGUCUAUUUUCCAUAACAACUUUCCAACAGUUGUGUUCUCUUUCACAAAUAAUGACCGUCAUAAUAGAUCAUUUUUAUUUUGUCGGUGCAAAUCCGGAAAGCGCUCGACAAUAUUUGGGCAUGGUGGACGAAAAGCUAGCACUAUGGUAUCAGAAUUUACCUACCGACUUACGUUUUGAGCCAUGGAAAAGUUCCAAACAUAUACCAGCACCCAAUACCCUUAUUCUUCAUACAAUAUAUUGGGCACUUGUAAUUCUUCUACACCGACCUUUCAUCAAAAACGGCCAUUUAUGGACAGCCAAUACAUCAACAGGUCACUCUUGGGAGAGAUGCGUGAUGGCAGCGCGAAAUAUCACGAGCCUGUCCCUUGCCUAUCAGUCGGCAUAUUCUCUCCGUCGUGCUAAUUACAUGCUGAGCUACGCGCUCUAUGUCGCUUGUACCAUCCAUGCCCGCAACCGGGUGGUUAGGGAAAGCACAAGGCGUGGCGACCUCUCUUCCCCCUUAACAGUAUGCUUACGAUGCCUUGACGAGCUGGCCGUGCCCAAUUGUGGAGUAUCGGUGCCAGCUAAGAUUAUCAGAAGGUUGAUGCGCGCCAAUGAUAUUCCGGACGUGUCAGGCCCAGCAUUGAACGUUGAGGGUGUGCUUCCACCACUUGACAUUAACUUGAGUCUGCAGAUGUUUCCAAAUACGUCAAUGAGCCCCGGUGAGCUAGAUCAUUAUCAGAAUAUUGCUGAAUUACCGCCAUUCAUCGAAGACUUGGACUCUUUAUUCGGGUUUAUGCGUGACUUUGACGGUGCAUACACUGAAAAUGGAUAA